AUGUUUGUUAUAAUGUUUCAUUCGCAACUUUUUACGUUAAUGCUUUUUGCGUUAAUGAUCAUCUGUUUGGCGGAUGAGCUCAAAUUAAAAGUAAAACCUGCGUCAAAACCCGUGAGAUUAUUCACCGAUGAAGAGUUAAAACGAUACGAUGGAAGCGAGGACGGCCAGCCCAUUUACAUGGCCGUGAAAGGAGUCGUGUUUGACGUUACAUCUGGCAAAAAUUUUUAUGGCAAGGGCGCCUCUUACAAUGCCCUUGUAGGCAAGGACUCAACCCGAGCUGUGGCUAAAAUGUCUCUUAAUCCUGAAGAUCUGACCCAUGAUACAACAGGUCUUACUAAGGAGGAGCUGGAGUCUCUUGAGAGCGUAUUCACUGGAACAUACAAAUUAAAGUACCCCAUAGUGGGUUACACCCAUAGACGCAUUCUCAAUGAGGAUGGCAGCCCAAAUGAAGAUUUCAAACCAGAGGAUCAACCUCAUUUUACUGUCAAAAAUGAGCUUUGAUGCUUAAAAAAAUAAACAUAUAUAGCAUU